AUGAAACUGAGAAGGUACAACAUAGAAAUUGGAGGGGAUGCCAAGUACUUGGAAUUUCAUGAUCAAGGCACAAGAUCCUUAUGCUUAGGUCAGUUAAAUAUGUCUAUGUUAAGCGCAACAAUUAAGGAUCUUGCACGAAGAGCAACAAUAGUUGAAUUUUACGGGCUUGAGGGAGGUGGCAAAAGUUUCAUGCCUAAUAUUGUCCAAGCCACAGGAGGCAUGAAUGAGUUAACCAAACUCUAUCUUGAAAGAUGUUCAGAGGUCGAAUGCAUCACUGAUAAAACUACUCCUUAUGAAGAUGCGAUUGUCCCCAGAUUGAAUGAGCUAGUGCUAAAAGAUAUGGAUAAUCUUAAACAACUACAUUGUGGUCCUUCUCCUUUUAGGUUGUUCCAAAAGUUGGAAAGACUAAGUUUAUUCAACUGCCCUCAAUUGGUGCACUUAUUCCCUGCUGAUUGCAACUUAGGCAAUCUUAAAUUUCUCAAAAUUUCCACUUGUCCGAUGUUGACGUCUCUCGUCCCUAUAGCUGUUGCUUGCACUCUAUUAUCUUUAGAGGAGCUUCAAAUAGAAUGUUGCAAUGAAUUGAAGCAUGUAAUAAAGGGAGAGGGUUAUGCUGAUACAUGGGAGAAUGCGAGACUUCCGAAACUGAACAUUUUGUUUAUUGAGGAUUGCUGCAACUUAGAAUAUGUAUGCCCAGUCUUUUUAGCUCAAAGGUUGGAAAUACAUCGUCUAUCCAUAAUAAAUGCUACUCAGAUGGAAGUUGUGUUUGGUGAAAAUGUUGGUGAAGAACAACCAAUGCCGGAUCAAGAGUUAACUUCUGUAAUCAUAUCUCACUGUGAGGAGUUGGAGGCAAUUUUUGCGAGGAAUGAAGAGACUCAAAAGAAUCCAUCCAUUUCUGAAUCCUCUCUGCUAAAAUUGAAAAGCUUGAAAAUAUUUAAGUGCAACAAGCUUAAAUUUGUUUUAUCUUUCAUGAUCAAUGCUGCUACCUUGAUGCUUCCACAACUAUGCACUCUAAUCGUAUCAGAUUCUUCGCAAAUGGAAGAAAUUUUCAAGUGCUCAAAUAGUGAAGAUAAUGAUAUUGACAAAAAAAGGGAGAUUACAUUCCCAAACAUGGAAUAUGUGGAACUUAAUAAUUUGCCUAGACUUGUGAAUGUCUGCCAAGGGUUUAAGCGGUUUAAGUUGCACACAAGGGAUUCUUGCAUAGUUAAGGUUCACGGCUGCCCAAAACUUUUUCCAGUUAUGAGAGCAACCAUUAAUUGGACUAAAGGGAGACUUGUAAGGGAGUAUGAGUUGAAAGGCAGCCAAUUAAAUAAUAACAACGAGGCUCUCAAUCUUCCACUUUCUAUUCUAAAUGCUGGAGAGCUUGAUAUUCAAAGUCCUAUAGUAGAACACAAUUGGCGAGUCAUUGGUGAUGGUCAAGAGCAAGAAGAAACCAACGGCUUAAGUCUUGUUCCCACACAAGUUUUGAGCUUCCAAUAUGUUCAUUCCUUGGAAGCAACUCACAUUAAAAAAUUGAAGUUUCUAUUCUCAAUGAGCACUAUUGUCAACAAAGGCCUUCCCAAAUUGACUUCCUUAACCUUAUCUGAUUGUGAGGAAUUGGAGGUGAUUUUUGGACAUAGUAGGGCAGAGGAUGCCAACGACAACAGUGAGACAAUUGUGCUUUCAAGCUUGAGGAAAGUGUGGCUAACGAAUUUGCCAAAUUUGAUGAGUGUUUGUCAAGGGUCGCAGUUUCAGGGGCAGCUGAGCCACAUCAGCAUACGCAACUGCCCCAAAUUUUUGGAUUCAAGUUUGGGAAGAGCUCUUCAACAAUUGGGAACAAUAUUGGUUUCAACCGAAGAUUCCAAUGUUCGAACUUCAUCAAAUGGAGAAGAACCAUUGGCUGGAAAUGAAGAAAAAGGGAUGAUCUUGAUUUCAAGAGUAGAGCAUUUGUCUGUGGAGGAUUCAAUCAACCUCAUAUCCAUAUGGGAGGAUACCACUUUCAUCAUCUUCCAAAAUCUUGAGGACGUAUAUUCUCUAGCACCGUGA